CCCCAGUAUGUCUCCAAAUCAAAACAAAAGGCACGACCAGCGACCACUUCAAAUGGGAUAUCUGCUGAUGCACGACACCGGUGAAUGAGCCUUCCACUGAUCCAGAGGCCCUGAGAGUAGAUACCUGACUCCAUUGACCUGACUGCCUCACAGGGUGAAAGACUGGAGCUCUGGACCUGAGGGAAAGGAACAGGUAGGAUCAGAAGAAGACGAGGAGAUCUUCACAGCACCUGCUUUGAACCGUCAGUUAGGUGUGUUUGUUUGUUUGUUUUUGUGUUGUUUGUUCAAUGACAACGUCUAAUUAAUCACCGAAUGACAGAUUCAUACUUCUGGUCUCAAUAUGAGACAUUGUUUUAACAGAUUUGGAUCCAGAGUCCAGAUAUUGACAAAGCACAGGACUUGUAGUGGAAAUAGAGUGCUGGUGAAGUGAGAUGUCAGAGCAGAGGCAACGCACUCUGUCCACCUCAGGAGAGGCUCUCUAUCUGGUUCUGGGUCUGGACAAGACCUGCUCACAGGACGACAUCAAAAAGUCUUACAGAAAACUUGCGUUAAGAUAUCACCCGGAUAAGAACCCUGAGAAUCCUGAUGCCACAGAUAAGUUCAAGGAGCUGAAUAAUGCCCACUGUGUCCUGUCUGACACCACCAAGAGAAACAUCUACGACAAAUAUGGUUCACUGGGGCUGUACGUGGCCCAGCAGUUUGGAGAGGAAAACGUCAAUACAUACUUCCUGCUGUCCAGUUGGUGGGCAAAGGGGUUGUUUGCAGUGUGCGGCGUGCUGACAGGCUGCUACUUCUGCUGCUGUCUGUGUUGUUGCUUCAACUGUUGCUGUGGGAAGUGUAAACCCCACACGCCGGGAGACGACAACCCUGACAGCUACGCGUCUCCAGAAGACCUGGAAGAGCAGAUACGCACAGACAUGGAAACAGAUGUUGACACCCCCAUUAUAACUCAGCCAGUCAAUGCAAGUGAGAAGACCCAGCUGAUUGGUGAUGGACGACGCGCCUACACCUGAGGAACAUCAUGACGAACAGAGGAAUAUGGAAGUGCUCCAGCUUAUAAAACCUGAUAACAUUUACAACUCCAGGAUAUUUGUAAAUACGAUAUUUAAGUGUGUCAAUCGUUACUGGACAGUUAUUGUGUUUUCUGGAAAUACUCAAAUACAAUAUUCUUAAUGUCGCUUAACUGGAGGUUAUUAUGUCUAGAAAUUCAUAUAUUUUUUCUGCAAUAAAGACAUUCAGUCAUUUACAUAUC